AUGGCAUCCUUCCUGCCCGACGAUCGCGACCGCCAUAAUUCUUUCUCCGCCAAAUCCUUAUCAUCAACUGCCCCGACACAACAACAAACCGCCGCUGUCGACUCUCUUCCUGGAGCAUGGUCCAAGUCUACCACUCCCAUGCUCAACGGCCUGCCGACCGGUGCGGAUAGUGCUAUAUCUACUCUCCCAAACGGAAGAUCAUCCGAGUCGCACAGCACACGUGGGAGGACCGUCUCGUCAAAGGGUAGCAUGCCCUCAAUCUUGUCCUCCAAGAGUGACAAUGAAAAGAAGUCGUUGGACAUGUCCUCGCUCCCCCGUGAAGACGAUGGCUACUUUGCACAGAAGCCCAAUGGAGUCGCUCGAUCUCCUUCUCAUCAUGCUCUCGCCGUGCCCGAUGACGUUUCGCCAACCUCGUCUGCUCUGCCUCUUCAGACCGUGCCGAGCCCCGUGCUACCACCUGUGAGUGAGGCUGGCCCUUCUGCUGCAGAGGGUAUGCUCCGCGUUCCUCGUUCAACACAUCGUGCUUCUUCUCCCCCGGCUUUCUCCCAAACCUCGUCCUCUAUGGCCUCCCUCUCGUCCCAACCUCCAGGCCGCUUGGUUCACCGACAUACUCUAGAGGUCCCUAGUGUGGCUGGUCGCACUUCUCGUGACAGCCAAGCACCCUCGAAUCUUGAUGGCACCGCCGCCUCGGCUACUGGUCGUUUCUCGCCCACUACUCCUAGUAGGAGAAGGGGUUCUUCUCAGCUUGUCCGCCGGGCAACUCGUUCGAUCCAGUCAGACGCACAUCUUGAUGAGGUUAUCCAGGACGAUGAUGCUGCUCGUUGGGCUGAGCAUAUCAAGCAAAAGAGAGCAAGCAAGCGGAAACGGGAUGAAGACGAUGAACGUGUUGUCGUUGGUACCAAAGUCGAUCAGAACCACGUCAAUUGGGUAACGGCUUACAACAUGCUCACUGGAAUCCGCUUCUGUGUGUCGAGGACAAACGCGAAGAUUGACAGGGACUUGACCGACGCCGAUUUUGACGCAAAGCACAAAUUCUCAUUCGACAUCACCGGCAACGAACUCACUCCCUCGGCAAAGUACGACUUCAAGUUCAAGGACUACGCCCCUUGGGUCUUUCGUCAUCUACGCAGCAACUUUGGUCUUGAUCCCGCAGACUACCUUGUGUCUCUAACCUCCAAAUAUAUCUUAUCCGAACUUGGCUCUCCUGGCAAAUCCGGCAGUUUCUUCUAUUUCUCACGCGACUACAAAUACAUCAUCAAAACUAUUCAUCACGCCGAACACAAAUUUCUUCGCAAAAUACUCAGAGAUUAUUAUUCCCACGUCCAGGAGAAUCCUAACACGCUUCUCAGUCAAUUCUACGGUCUUCACAGAGUGAAGAUCCCAUACGGUAGAAAGAUCCAUUUUGUCGUCAUGAACAACCUCUUCCCACCUCACAGAGAUAUCCACCGGACGUUCGACUUGAAGGGCAGUACGAUUGGCAGAGACUUUAAAGAAGAAGAAUUGGAAAAGAACCCAAGGGCUACACUCAAGGAUCUCAACUGGUUACGACGAAAUCUCCAUCUGGAAUUUGGGCCGACUAAGAAGGAUGCUUUUGUAGAACAGAUGCAGAAAGACGUCGCUCUUCUUCAGAAGCUGAAGAUCAUGGAUUACUCGAUGCUGGUCGGUAUUCAUGAUCUGCAACGAGGCAACGAGGACAAUCUGCGAGACAAGACAUUGCAGGUGUUCCAACCUGGAGGUCAUAAACCCGAGGACCAACCGCCGAAUAUGCUGAUGCGUACGCCUAGCAAGCUCGAAAAUGCACGAAAGGCAAAAGAACUGCGUGAACUCAUCAAGAACGAAAAACCCAUACCGAUGGGCCAGAUUCUGGACAAGAUGCCCGACGAGAUGGCAGGUGGCCACAGAAAGCAAUCCUACUUCUACAGCGACGACGGAGGUUUUAGAGCGACUCACGAGAAUGACAUGUCUGGCGAAGAAAUAUACUACCUUGGCAUCAUCGAUUGCUUGACACAUUAUUCCAUGAUUAAACGCUUCGAACACUUCUGGAAAGGACUGUCGUCUCCGGAGUCGCAGAUUUCUGCCAUACCUCCUGAGCGCUAUGGUGAUCGCUUCGUCAGAUUUAUCUCAGGCAUCACCAAGACACGCGAACGUGCCGAGGCGGAGAAGCAGCAAGAGUGUGAGCACGGUAGCGAGAGACUCAACACGGCUAUUCACAACAUCGAAGGCACUCUUGACGAUCCCAAGCUCUCUGGGGUCAACAUUCUCAAGACUCAAGACCACAAUCCUGCUGGCACUGAUAAGGUCAUGCGCAAGGCAGAGAAGCAGGCCGAGAAGAGUAGACGCCACGGUACUAACGAGGAUGAUAUUCCAGACCGUGCCAUCGGCGCAGUUAGAAGCCCACACCCUGAGAACGAAAACAUGAUCACUCUACCUGUCAUUGGCGAGGCUGCUGAGAACGGCAGUCCCUCUUCAAGGACACCUACCCACACAAUCACCCCUCAGCGCUCGAAAGAGUCCUUUGCUGGUCGCAACGGCAGUAUUCAAGCCGCCGCACACAACGCCGAAGUUGCCAGCCAAAAUCUCGGCGAGGUGCCGCCGCCCACACCACCGAAGACAGACGGUCCUCCUUCCUCCAAGCGGUCCAUCGAGCUCGAACACCAUAAUCGCGCUGUCAACAACUUCAGUCGUCCAUUGACACCACCGAAGGACGAUAAGUACAGCUUGCGCGACCAACGCGAACGACCGCUCACACCUCCCAAAGACGAGAGAUAUAGUCUCGACAAAGCUCUACCCAUGCCACCGCAAACAGACAGAGUUAACGGAGACGACGUGGAAGCAAUAAGGACAAGGAUUGCUGGUCUCUAA